AAACCCAUCUCUCUAUCACCUUAUAUUUCCUUGUUUUCAGAGUCUUCUUCUCUUGUUUCUCCACUCCUUUUAUCUUCAUUCAUGGCUACCUCAAAUCUUGAUCCGUUAAUCGUCUCGCUACUCGGCUCCGAUAACCCGAAACAUCCCGAUAUCCGAUAUCACCAAUGCAAUUCAUCAUCAUCAUUAUCAUCACAAACACCCUAUGCAACCAAUGAUGAUAUUCACAAAGAUCAAAAUAUAAACUUACUACUUUCGGGUGGUUUAAAGAUCCAAGUCCCAUCUUCAGAUGGAGAAUUUAAAUUCAGUAAUGAUGAGGAGGAUCCCAAGACUCCAAGAUCAACUGAGCACAGAAUUCCGGUAACUGCAGCUUGUCCACCGGCUCCAAGAAAAGCCACAAGGGUUCCGGUGACUGGAAAACGAAAGACGACCGGCUUUUUUCCGGUAGUACGAGUUCCGGCUGAUUUUAUUGUUUAUGUGGAUGCAAUGCUUGCUUUGAAUGAAGCUGUUUACGUCCCGGAUAUUGUGGUCGGCGAUCUUGGCAACGCCGACCGUGCUAAGAAGUUAAAGCUAUUGCCUGCACCGGCACACGACAUUUGAUUAGGUUUUUUAUAUGUGUAUGUUUGAUUAAUUAGUAUUCUAAUAUAGAGAUAGUUAAAUCGUCUUUAACUAAUUUAAAUAUGAAUUAACAUGUGAGCUGAUGCAUAGAUUUAUAUUGUUCUAUAUCAUUUUGAAGCUUUGAUUC